AUGGAUGAAGGAGAGACCGAGGUUUUUGAUUUGUGGAAACCACUUCCUCCUGUUCAGGGGCUCCCUGAAGAGCACAAUGUUCUCACAAUUCGCGCCCUCGUUGUUGGGACGAUUUUGGGCUCCCUUGUGAAUGCAGCUAAUAUUUACCUCGGUCUCAAAACCGGGUUUGGUUUCGGAGCUGCCAUGUUCGGGGCCAUUUUCGGCUUCGGAAUUAUCAAAGCUUGUGUCAAAUCGUUUGCUGGUGCUCCGAUCAUCGGAAUGCCAUUCGGCCCCCAGGAGAACAGCAUCCUGCAAGCGUGUGCUACUGGCGCCAGUGGUCUUGGCUCAUUGUUUAUUGGUGUCAUCCCAGCAAUGUACCAGCUAAAUUUAUUGUCGGAGAGACCGCAAGAUGAUAUUGGCCGUAUCAUCACUCUCGCCAUCAUUUGCUCUUUCUUCGGGCUUUUCUUUGCUAUUCCUCUGCGCAAGUUCUUCAUCGUUAAUGUUGCUAAAGAACUCCAGCUAUCUUUCCCGUCAGCAACCGCAAUUGCCUUAACGAUUCAGUCGAUGCAUGGAAUUGGCUCAGGUUCAAGCGAAGCUACAAAGAAGGUCAAAGCACUCGGAUGGUCACUCUUGUUCGCCUUUAUUCUCAGGAUUGUCUCAGCUUACGCGACUGGAAUUCUAUGGGACUGGCAUAUCUUCACAUGGUUCUUUAUAUGGGGAAACUACAGCAACUGGGCAAUCAACGUGGAGAAUUGGGGUUGGUUUGUCGAAUGGACCCCAGCUUUCAUUGGCUCUGGAUUCCUUGUCGGUCUGAAUGUCGGUAUCUCGUAUUUCAUCGGGACUUUUUUUGCCUGGGGUUUCCUAGGACCAAUAUUGGUUCACUAUGGUAUUUGCCAAGGCAGGCAACUAGCCCCGGACGAUCCAAAAUGGAGCGGAGUGGUCUCCUUUACCGGACUUGGUGGGAUUUCCGAUCCCAAUUACGUGCCAAGCCCACGCUACUGGUUCCUGUGGCCUGGAGUUUUGGUCCUACUCUGCUACUCGAUUGCUGAGUUCUUCGCUAGUUAUAGGAUUCUAUGGCAGGGAAUAACGAAGAUGUGGACAGCCUCAGCUGCAUCAAUUAACGCGUAUUUGAUCGCAAAGGGAAGGAGCCAUGGUUUUCUGUGUCGCCAAGCACGGGAAGAAGAUGAAAAUGCAACCAUCGCCGAAGACUUUGCUACAAAGGAGGAGCAAGUCCCUAUUUGGGUGUGGGUCGGCGGCGUCAUAACCGUACUCAUCCUUACCGUUAUCAUUUUCGAGGUCCAGUUCAACAUGAACGGAGGUCUCGGAAUCCUUGGCUCGUUUCUUGCGGUAUUGUUCUCGUUCUUAGUGAUCCACGCCGUUGCUGUCACAAAUAUUUCGCCCGUGUCUUCAGCCGGCAAAAUUUCGCAGCUUGUGUUCGGCGGGGUCACGCAGGGCAUGCCUAUUACACAGGCUCUUACAACCAAUCUCAUUUCUGGCGCGAUUGCAUCUGGAGGUGCAGACAUGUCCUCCACUUUGAUUGGUGACUUCCGUGUUGGAUAUCUUCUUCGAACACCACCUAAGCAACAAUUUUACGCGCAAGCGUUUGGAUGCUUCAUUGCCAUGUUUCUCGCACCAAGCAUUUUUCUCCUUUUUGCUGCUGCAUACCCCUGCAUCCUUCAACCGAAUGAUUUCGACCGUUGCGAAUUCUCCGUUCCAAGCGUUGCGGCUUGGAGAGCCAUCGCUGAGGCUGUCGUAUCGCCCAAUAUUCCCAUCCCCUUAUCUUCUAGUAUUUUUGCCAUUGUCUUAAGCGUCAUGGCUGUCCUCCAGGUCGUAUUCAGAAGGGUCUACCUUGUUGGCGAGCGAGAGAAGUACCAGAAAUGGUUGCUUAACUGGAUGAGUAUCGGAAUCGCCUUUGUCAUCCCUCAGACCCAAUAUUCUACUGCCCUAACAAUGGGAGCGAUUAUUUCCAAGGUUUGGAGGCACAAUAGUCCCAAGACAUGGAAUACAUAUUGCUACGCGAUUGCAGCUGGUGCAAUCGCUGGCGAAGGUAUUGCCGGUGUUGUGAAUGCGGGAUUAGCACUUGGCAAUGUCGGCGGCAGCGUUUACGGCACCAACAUUGGCUGUCCUCAAGACAGCUGCUAA